AUGGAUCCAUUACAGCAUAGUGCGAGCUCGAAGGGCCAUACGAGGAAUAAGUCGGGUGCAAAACCAUCUCGCCCUCGGUCCUCUACUAAAGGGCCCCUAGACCCGGAUGAGGCCCCAUUAGCAUCACCGAUCUCAUCACAAGCAACCCGCGUCAUCGCAUCGCAUCAGACCACGAGCCGAAGAUCAAGCUCAUCCGGACCCCGCUCACCCAUGCGCUCACCAGCACCUGUCUCAGCUCCCGUCUCAUCCCGGGACUUCUCCCACCUCCUCCGCCCCGAGAUAUUCCACCAGCUCACGCCCUUGUCUAUCCUAGCUCCCUUCCGCAACUUAUCUAAGCAGCCGACCCCCGAGACCCCCAUCGAGGAGCUCCUCUCCCGUGGCUACUUCCGCGCAGCCGCCAUCGCCAGCGUCCAAGCCCUAACCAGCAGCCCCGUCUCCGCCACCAUGGCAGCCGCCCACCCACCUGUCGACCCAAAGGAUCAUGUGCGCAUCUUCUCCCUGCUGUACACGCGGCUCGCGUGUCUGUGUCUCAUCGACGCCGUCCCCUUCGCGGCGCAGGAGGCCAAGGCGCUCGAGGAUCUGAAUCAGGCUUACUACCUCGACCCCAUCUCCGGCGCGCAUUUGAUGCCCUGGGAGUUGAGGGUGCUCGCCAUUCGUCUGCAGACGCUGGGCUUUGGCGAUCCGAGGAGAGCGGUGAUGAGCUACUAUGACUUGGCGAGGGAGGCGCGCUUCGAGUUCGCCAAGGCGAAUAAGGCACAUGAUCAGUCAGCUAAGUUGGUUUGGAAAACCCGUCUUGCGGACUUGGGUAUCAAAGUGGCGGGGGCGUUGAUUGAGAUGGAGGACUUGGCCGGAGCGGCGGAGCAUUUGGCGACGCUUAGGGAUCAUGAGGGUGGGGAUGGAAGGUUGGCUAUGUCGCGUGCCUUGCUUUGGCUGCAUCUUGGAGAUUUAGAUGCUGCUAGACGAUCCGUGAGGGAUCGAAAAGCGGAUGAAUCGGGGGUACGAGUGGUAGCGGCUCUCACUGACAUGGCUGAUGGGAACUACGAGGGGGCACUGGAAAAAUGGAGAGCCUUGCAGGAUGAAAUGGAGGACGAGGGGGUUCUCGAUGAAAUGAUUGGCGUCAAUUUGGCAGUUUGCUUGCUGUACCUUGGCAAGAUGGACGAGGGGCGUGAAUCUCUUGAGGGUUUGGUCGAUGGGGGUCGAACAUCUCAUACCCUGCUGUUCAACCUGAGCACCAUGUAUGAGUUGGGUACGGAUCAUGCCAAGAACCUGAAGUUACGACUGGCUGAACGUGUUGCUGGCAUGGAGGCAACGUCCUGGGGAUGGGAGAAGGCCAAUGCUGACUUCAAGCUAUGA